UCGUGCAUUGAACUUUCUCCGCGCGACUAGUGGGUGGGGAUGAGGUGAUUUUUCUCGCAGUAAUGGCCGCCAUGUUGUGGAAAUGUGUACCGUUGCCGUGGAAGUGAUGUGAAUUCUCGGAAAAUAAGCCGCGGAAAAUGGAAGAAACGAAAGUGAUUUACCACAUAGAUGAUGAGGAAACCCCGUACCUGGUGAAAAUCCCGAUUUCGCCCGACAAAGUGACUCUGGCAGACUUUAAAAAUGUCCUUAACAGACCGAAUUACAAGUUUUUCUUUAAGUCGAUGGAUGACGAUUUCGGGGUUGUCAAAGAAGAAAUUAUAGAAGAUACCGCCCAUCUGCCCUGUUUCAACGGGCGGGUAGUUAGUUGGGUAAGUUUUCAGGUUUCUAACCCGUCCGACGGCGGUUCCCAAUGUAUGGACAGCGUAACCCAUCCGUCGGAACCGCGACUGCCGCCUCAGGCCCCCGAAUCAAUCUGUACCGAUACCGAGAGCAUAAUCAGCUCGAGGCAGGGCAGAAGGCACCACAAAUACUCGUCCAGAAUCAACGGACACCUUCCGAGGGUCUAUGAGACCGCGUCGGUACUGAGUUCCGAUAUCGAAACCACCAGUUUUCAAUCGGAGACGACGGGUAGGCACACGGCCUUGUCAGAAUGCUCGAGCAUCAGCCGAUUGCACGUGGCGGGUCGCAAAAGGCCUCAGAGGAGGCGAAAACAACGACUCCAGGCCAUGUCGAGGACUAGUUCUUAUUCCAGCAUAACUGACUCCACCAUGUCGUUAAACAUUAUCACUGUCACGCUGAACAUGGACACUGUUAAUUUUUUGGGUAUUUCGAUAGUGGGGCAAAGCAACAAGGGCGGCGAUGGCGGCAUAUACGUGGGGUCUAUAAUGAAAGGAGGAGCGGUCGCUUUGGACGGCAGGAUAGAGCCCGGCGACAUGAUCCUGCAAGUCAACGACGUCAACUUCGAAAAUAUGUCCAACGACGAGGCGGUUAAGAUCCUGAGGGAAGUCGUACAAAAACCGGGGCCCAUAAAACUGGUGGUGGCCAAAUGUUGGGAUCCCAAUCCCAAAGGAUACUUUACAAUACCCAGAACAGAACCCGUCAGGCCCAUAGACCGAGGUGCAUGGGUGGCGCACACGGCCGCGGUCAGGGGCGACCCCGUGGCUAGACCUCCGAGCAGUUCCACCGUCUCCAGCACCUCGAUAGCGAGCACCGUGCCUGCCAACGAACGUGAGUGUCUUCUCGGUCCCGAUUUGGCCGAACCGUUGACGAUCAAUUCGCCGAUGUCGGAGAUCGUGCAGGCGAUGCAGCGACCGGACAGCGGCCUCGAAAUCCGCGACCGGAUGUGGCUGAAGAUCACCAUACCGAACGCGUUCAUUGGCACGGACAUGAUCGACUGGUUGCUGACGCACGUCGAGGGGUUCCCGGAGAGGAGGGAUGCCCGCAAGUACGCGUCGCACCUCCUCAAAGCCGGCUUUAUCAGGCACACCGUCAAUAAGAUCACUUUUUCCGAGCAGUGCUACUACAUCUUCGGCGACCUGUGCUCGGCCAUGACCAACUUGAAGCUGCAGGGCGACACGGACAGCGUGGGACCGUUGCCUAACGUGCCGAAUUAUAUGCCGUACAGCGGUACCUACAACCCUCUCGAGUACAUGCCGAUGCCGUUCUACAGCGAGAACACGGUUUACGGUUACAACAAGGAGGAGUCAGUGCUUAGCGGGAGCGGUGGCAGCUCGAACGGAUCCGAUCCGCUCAAGGAGGGGGCGGGCGCGCACAGCAGCGCGUCGGACAGCGACUUGACGUCGUUGGGACCGCGUCAUCUGCACGGGGGCGGUCCCACCGGCAACGGGAACGGCUCGAGCAACGGCUCGGAACGGAGUAGCGGCACCCAGGUGGCCGUCGGCCAGGGAGGCAACAGCAAAGACAUUGCCGGUAGUAGACAGUCGUUUAAGAUAGCGAUGGGCAACCCGUGCGAGAUGUUUGUCGAUGUUAUGUAGGGUUUUGUUGCGUGCGUUUCGAUAUUUCUUUAGGUAAUUUUUUUUCUCGUUCGUUUCGGUUUUCGUUUGGCGUUUUUUGUCUUUUUUUUUUUUGGGAACGCAUUCGAUCCGCUCGGCCAGAUAAUGUAAGUGAGACUCAGGAAUCAGGAGUCAUAAAAAUGGGGCAAAAUUAUAACCUACAAAUUUAUAUUUUGUGUUUACACGCGAUGUUUUGGCUAGGAAAUUAAUAUCCAACUCGCAAAAUAAUGGAGAAGCAACUUGCGCAGGAGAAAGCGCUCGUCAGUGAGACACGUUUUAUUUGUAUUUUUAAUUAUGUACUUUCGAAAAAUCUGAUAUGGUGUCGAAUGUCCCGGUGUUUGUCUUGUGUGCUCUACAGGAAGGCAUCAUUUACGAGGGUCAUUCGAAACGUGUCCGACCUAACAAUGAUACAUAUUUUCUCAAUUUAUUUUUCUAUAUAGCCUCUAUACACGUCUCCCAGCGAUGCUCCCAUUCCUCUAACCCAUUCAAAGUACCCAGCGUUUUUCUCCGCAAAAUAAUUGUUCACGAAGAUUCUUGCCUCCUCAUUUGACGAAAAACUUUGUCCUCCGAGCGCAGUUUUCAGAUGCGGGAUCCAAAAGAAGUCACUUGGGGCUAGAUCUGGUUAGUAGUUUUUCAGUUUUCAGUUUCAGCUUGUCAAGUAAUGAUGCAUAGAAAAAAUAGUCGGCACCACUUUCCCUGCCAGAUUUUGCUUUUUCCAUAGUCGGUUCCCCCUUCGCAGUCCAUUAUUGUUAAUGUAUUUUUGAUUCGGGCGUAUACUAUUGUAUCCAAGUUCCAUCUCCAGUAAUUAAUCGGCGCGUUGGAAACGUUCUUUCGGACAUGUUUUGGGUCUAAUGUAAGUAAACGUGGCACCCAACAUGUGGACAGCUUUCUCAUGCCUCAAUCUUGAUUUAAGAUGUUACAAACACGUUCUUCGGACAUUUAGCACUAUUUGAUGAACUAUUAACAGUUUUUGGGCGUCGCGAGCGUUCAUUAUCUCGUAAGCUCUUACGGCCACGUUUACAUUCAGCUGCCCAAAAUUUCACUGUGGUAAAUGACAGUGUAGAGUCUCCAUUCACAGAGUCUGAUUAAAUUUUAAUAUGUGUGUGUGUAUUGCUUUUCAAAAACAAAUAUUUUAUAACAGCUCUAUAUGGCUCAAACUUAGGUCAGCUAUAAAGAGGCGCAGAACUAAGAUCGCUAGCUGUUAGUAACUAGCGCCGCCAUCUUCAGGGUGAGGUCGUAAACUUUUCAAGUGACCCGCGUGUUGUACAGUGAGAAAAAAGGUACAAUUUUGAUCAUAGAAAAAUACACUUGCCUGCAUAGAAAUCGGCUCACUGUAACGUUUUGACUUUAACUACAUUUUUUUUAGAAAUCGUUCCGCAGAUAAAAAAACAGUUUAAAACACGAUUUAGUAGGAUUGAACACAAGUUUAAAUUGAUUAAAAUUUGUUCCGGAUUCUUAGGUUUCUCGAAGUGAAAUAACUGCAUGAGACAAAUUAAUUAUUUUUUAUUACUAAAAGAAAUAACUGUGACAAUUACCACCUUAAAACUUAUUUUUUAAUAUUGGGUAUGACCUCCUCUUGCCCUAAUAAUAUCUCUUACACGUAAUCUAAUCAAGUUCCAUAUUGUUUCUUGCGAAAUCUUAAACCACUCUUCCUCUUCUGCAACGAUAAGCUUCUGGGAUCGAGGUUAAAUGUUCGAUCAGAUUGAGGUCGGGACUACAUGCUCCUGGUCUUCCGUAUACUUUUUUUCGUCGGUCGCUACCACAGAGGCAUAUUCUAGUCUCAUCUCAAGAGCAGAACCCCAUUGUUCCAAUGUCGAAUUCAGAUGAUCUCGUGCAAAGCGUUGAGCAGUCUUCUUGUCACUGUCACUGGUGUUGUUUUCAUCCAACUAAUACACUUAAACACUAACCAAAUUAUUAAAAACAAAUAAUGUCAAAAUUUCGGUUGCAAAGGCAAUUAAUUUUAGUAUUUGACAACUUUGUUGCUCUCGUUAUAGCUACCGCAUAAGCAUAUUUCAUUUGAUUGCCGAUUGCUACGCAUAUAAAAGAUCAUUACUCUUGACAAAUUUAAGUCCAUAUUAAGCAUUAUCUUUUAAACAGUAUGUUUCUUUUUUAGUAGUAGUAGUUAAAGUCGAAAGGUUACAGUGGGCCGAUUUGUAUGUUCGUAAGUAUAUUUGUUAUGUUGGGUAUGCAAGUGCAAUAGAAAACUUAAGGGGAAUUUGAAAAUACUUGAUUCAUUCAAUAUUUAACAAACUAAAACCAAUUUCAAAUUUAAUAAUAGAUAAUAAACCCACGAAUUCUUUUGGUCCCUGGGGCAAGUGAUUUCAAAUUCGUAAUACGAAUCUUUUUGUUUUAGAAUUUGUCCUAUGUCCUAGUUUUGUCCUUUUCUGAUUUUCUCAUAAAUUCAACAGGCACAAUAUCCAUCAGCUGUCAAGUCCAUCUGAAUCUGGAACAUUGGUUUUUCAUUUGUCAUGUCUCUUGAUUUUCUUUUUCUUUUUAAUGUUUUUUACCCUUACUUUCUUGUUUUGCAUCCUUUUAAGGCGUACCUUACGUCUUCAAGUUGCUUUUGAAAAACCUCUUAAAUUAUUCGGGACAAUUUACAAUCCCUUUCUUGAAUUUUGUCUUCUUUUUCUAAUUAAUUUUUUUGAGCAGCAACAGCAUUUUCAGAGAAGCUAUCAUUUUUAUCACAGUUUGAUACCGCUGAUGCCGUAUUUGAACAAGAAAUGUUGGUUUCAUUAUUUUCAUUGGCAUUGUCAUUUUGAAAGUAUCAAAAGUUCGCCAAAAAGAAAUGAAAACACAUUUUAUAUUUCCUUUUUUAUUAUUCAUUAUUUAAGACAAUUGAACAUAUAUUUAAAACGAAAACGUAGGUGAAAUACGUACGAAAUGACACACUGCUUUGUUUAAUUAAAAAAGGAAAUGUAUUUCAAAAACUAACAAGUAAUAAUUACUAAUGUUAUAAAUCGCAAAAUAAACAUAGUAUUAAUAAAAUAAGAUAUAACAAGAACAUAAUGAACAGUGCGACCAUUUUCGGCAAUUCAUGCACUGCACCCACAUUUCAUUUGGUUUUUAGCGGGACUAUAAAUCAUUACAUUAAAUGUAUGGGCAGUCUUGAUCGUCACUGUUGAAAAAGGGACGUCCCGUUUGAAGUAGUCCUCCAAUGUACUCUAAGAAAAGUGUAUUGAAUUCUACACUGAGAAAAUGUUUAUUAAAAAAAAAUGAAAAUAAUAAUAAUGAAACCUACAUCCAAACAAUUAAUUGAAAUCUUUUUUUUUUUCAAACAAGAUGUAUUCAGGUAACGUCUAUAUUUAUUUUUUUACAUUUUAAGAUUUUUUAAGCAUUUUUACAGGGUGUGUCAAAAACUUGUUUCACGGAUUACUCACGACCCUGCUAAAACCGCUUGAAGCAAAAAAGCUGAAUUUUGGUAUAAAGCAGGAUUUUAGGCUAUAGAGGUUCUAUAAGAAGGGAUUUUUAAGAACUCAAGUUCCACAGGGGUGGGUUAAAUAUGAGAAUAUUUAUUAUUUAGAGAAAUUGUUAAUUUUUCAAAAAACGCUUCAAUUUUAAUUUCUUUUAAAAAUAAUAUAUAUAAAGAUACGAUAUGAGGAAGAAAAGGGUUGAAAUCCCUUCUUAAAUACUAAAAUAACUUUUUAGUUAAAAAAAGUAAGUUUUUGUUUUUUUUUCUUUCUGGUGAGCGAUGAAACAACGUGGAAUAUCAAUAAAAAUGAAUUGCUCGUGACAGGAAAAACAGAAUAAUACUUAUAUUACAAUUUAUUUUUUUAUAGAUGGAGGUUUGGACUGGCAUGAAAAAACAAAUUAUACUUAGAUAUUAGAAAUGUGAAUUAAAUG